AUGGCCGACUCUUUGACCGAAGAACAGGUCUCCGAAUACAAGGAGGCCUUCUCUCUGUUUGACAAGGAUGGUGAUGGCCAGAUCACCACCAAGGAGCUGGGCACUGUUAUGCGCUCGCUGGGCCAAAACCCUUCCGAGUCCGAGUUGCAGGAUAUGAUUAACGAAGUUGACGCUGACAACAAUGGCACUAUCGACUUCCCUGAAUUCCUCACGAUGAUGGCCCGAAAGAUGAAAGAUACUGAUUCCGAGGAGGAAAUCCGGGAAGCUUUCAAGGUCUUCGAUCGCGACAACAAUGGUUUCAUUUCUGCCGCGGAGUUGCGUCAUGUCAUGACUUCCAUCGGCGAGAAACUUACCGAUGACGAAGUCGACGAGAUGAUUCGUGAGGCGGACCAGGAUGGCGAUGGCCGGAUUGACUACAACGAGUUUGUCCAGCUCAUGAUGCAAAAAUAA